GAGAUAAUCUAGAUCCAUUCCAAGAUGAGAGCCACCCAGAACCUGGUGUGACAGACGAACCUCUGACGUUGUCUGAAACUGGACAGGAUCAGCCCAGACUGGGCCAUGUUGAAGGGGAGGGACACUUCCCCUCGGGAUUUCUAACAACCGACGUGCAUUCAGAAUUGCUCAGUGAGUCCUGCAAUCAUUUCACAGACACUCUUACAACAAAGAGAGUUGGGCAUUUCCCAGGUGAAGAGCGGGUGAACCUGUCUCCAGUGAUGGACUCUGAAACUGACAGGCCAGGAACACACUCUCCGGUGGGGAAUGGUAAAUUUGAGACCACCAAAUCACCAAUCCGGUAUUGUCCUCCUGUGAGGCCGACGGCCUUGACUUCGUGCCCAGUAGCAGAGGCGGGAGAAAGCCCAGAAUCACCAGCCAGAACUGUCCCACUGCCCCCCUCGCCCAUGGGUGCUGCCUGGCAUGGUGGCCAAGACAGUCCUGUCACCCAUGGGUGGUGUCAGGAGGGAGCCCCUAUGUCUGAAAAUGCUGCAGAGAUCAAAGAUGAAUUUAGAAACUCUGGGGAAACAGCUGAUGCUCCUUCUGCUGACUCCACUGAAGAAUCUUCUAGAAAGAAAGUGUGUGCUUGUACUGGCAGCACUGGAGAUUGUGAAUCCUCUGUGUGUAACCCCUCUCUCCUGCGAGAAGCCUCUGCUCCUGCACACUUUGGUGUGACAACUCUGACUGAGCUCAGUGUGACGACGAACAACUCUGUCCUCCUUUCUGAGUCCGUGUCUGUGCAGAGGAGUGAUUUGACGUCUUCUGUUCCUGUUGCCUGGCCCGUGACUCAGGAAGCUUAUCCCACAGCCGACACAGGGUGUGGGAGUGAUUCGGAGUUGAGUGGGGGAAAUGACCAAGCAGCAGGAUGGCAUGAUGAACCUCAGUGUUUGGGGGCGGCAGACACUGAUCAGUUUGAGCAGGCCAUGCCUCACACACACGAUGAGGUGCCAGAGGUGGGAUUGAGUGGAACUGAAGGCACUCAGAGGACCCAAUUCCUGCUGGUUCAUGGGGGGAAGGCGGAAACUGUGGAGGGGGUGCUUGUCCAACCCAGUUUCUCUGAUUCUCAAAGGAUUGAACUUGAGGAUCCAGUUGAAGAGCAGAGUGAAGAUGAAAGCAUAGCUGAAGAGCUUAUGUUGAGGCCUGACACUCCAGAGAACAGAGAACUGCAAAGUCACAGCCCAUUGGUGAAGGAAUUGAACUUGAAUGGGAGAGAAUUACCUCUGAGCCUGGGUUUGUGUCGUGGGGCAGAGCAGGAAGAGUCCACCAUGACGGGUGUGUUGGGCGAUGGUGCAAGCUGCUGUUCGAUGGAAGAAACUCAGCUGACUGGCCGAGAAGGUGCUGAGGGGGCGGAAGAUGAGAUUUGUAGUGGCGAGCAUGCAGUGCAGCCUGAACUAACUCCUGGGCGUGCGCAGGUCCGUGUUUGCCAGGAGGAGGGGCUCGUUUGGAUCACAGCGGCCCCCCGUAUACAGCCCCAGCUUUUCACCGCAGCCGUGCUCCCCAGACCGGGUGGUCGUGAGACUGGAGGAGUCAGUCAGAAGCAACUCAAAACUGGAGAGCAGUCAACUCCUGCAUCCUCUGAGAAGGACGUUCUUGUGGAGGAGAAGUCCGGAGAGAUAGAGAGGUCCCGAAUCUUGGAGGAACCUGCUGGAUUGUUGGAACUCUGUGUCGGAGUUUGCCGGGCUCGGGAGCAGGCAGGAUCCCCUACUGCGCCACCCAGCACUGAUACAAGACAGCAGUGUGUUCAAUAUGACCUGGAAAUGGACAGCUCCAAACGUGAAAAUCCCAAGGCUGAGAGCGAGACUGGUUUGUUGGACAAGGUCUCGGGGGAAGGAUCUAUCCCAGUCUCUCAGUUCCCUGAGACGCUGGAUUCAUACAGGCUAGAGGGACGGGCAGAGUCCAGUGAGCAAAGUGCUUCAGGCCACGUCACACCAUGUGAGCCAGUGGAAAGGAAUGACUUGAGCGAACAAACUGCAAGUGAAGAAGAGGAGGCCUCCAACCCAGCACAGCUGACCUGUAUACAGCUGCCGGGUACCUUAUCAGACAGUGCACUCCCUACUGUGGAGAAUGAGGAGGAGCUGAACAUCAUCAUGGGCAAAGCAAAUCUCGAUGUUUCUCCUCCUUCACCAGACUGUACAGAUGUGAGGGAGGUGAACUUGAGUCUCCCCACCUCCAUCAGGAAUAAAGGUGACCCAGUACAAACCUCACGAACAGUCACUCCCUGUACAAGUGUACCUGAAGACGAGAGGCUCUCAGAGGAGACCUGCCCUCCAACUGGUUUCUCUGAAGAGUCGAUUGUCUUCGGUGAAGGAGGAGCUGAAGAUCUUGAGCUCGACGACGAACAGUUGGCGAGAAAGCACCACUCCCAUUUGCCCCCUGAUCACCGUAAGCAGCGGUUCAUCUUCUCCAAGGACGCUGAAGAUCAGUCUGCAGGAGAAGGGAUGCCCAGGAGAGGGGAUUCCCAGACUGUGCAGGGGACCCUGGAUGAACUGGGGCUGUGUACACAGAGGGAGAUGGUUCCCCAAACUUCGAGCACUCUGCAGAAUGGAGUUGUGCCGACACACUCGGACUAUGCCACAAAUGUCUCCGGAUGCAAAGAUUCGAGAACCCGCUCCCAGCAGGGAACUGAAGUACAAAAGCCGAGUGACGGCAUAUUGAAAAAAUACUGCCCAGAAAACAGAGGUGUUGAGCAGGAAACUGAGACGGUGGCGCUUGGUGAACGUGGGCAAUUCCAGCAGGAGGAGAACGUGGCACAACCCAGCCUCCUCGGUGAAGAGCAUGGUGCUGUGAUGCCGCAGACAUUGGACCGGAUACCAUUUGGUGAGACACCGAUACAGUUGCCGGUGAGCCCGAAUCUUGAGGCUGAAUCUGUGCCUAUUGAAUGGCAAGACAUGAGACUAGAUGGAACGGGCAAGUGUCAGGUCAUUGUGGAGAGCACUGAUUUAGCCGAGACAGGAGCAGCUGACAUCAGUCGUACAGAUGGGGUGGUCAAAGUUGGCUCAACAAUUGUCUCUUCAGAACCCAAGUAUCUGAAUCUACAACCUUCAGAGUCUCAGUUGAAGAGGGAGGAUAUUACAAGCAAGAGCCUAAACAGCCAAAUGAACCUAAAUUCCCGACCAUCAAAGAGACUUUGUGAAGGAGAAGAGGCGUUGGGUUCAAAGUCUACUGCCUCCUCUCCCAGUAAAAGAGUGUGCUUGCCUCAGCAAGCUGGAACAGAGGGGCUUGCAUCAGCAGAGGGCCAGAAUGUCACUUUGCUGUCCCUCUCGGCCGAGCAGAGGCAGCAUCAGGCCUGGUACAUAGGCAGACUGGUCCAGCAGUUUGUCACGGAAUACAGAGCCUCUCAGGAGUGUCGUGCUACUGGGGAAGUGAGAGCAGUGAGCAGGCAGGACGAGGUCAGGCGAAUUGUUAGAGAGUUCUUCAAAACUCAAGUGGCUAAGCCCAAAGAGCCCCUUGUUGACCUGCCACAGCAGAAUGUGGAGAUGGGUGACUCCGAUCAGUGUCACCACUCCGAGAAUUCCGAACCCCGACAGGAGCCGAGAGAAACCAGCGAUGACAAGAGCCCUGGCUUCAUGGGUAGCAGUUCUGACUGUGGGCCUGGCACUAAUGGCUCUGGUUCGUCCACCUCAACUGAGCCCUCGCCUUUGCUGUCUCCUCCAUCCAGCAAGCUGGUGAAUUGGCAUGUUGGAGCGUGGGGUGAUUCAGAAAGCUCUCUGGAGAAGGCUGGUAAACUUGCCAGAAAAACUGGGACAGUCCAGGAAACCGCAGAGGGUGACACCUUCCAUGUCAUGUCUCCAGACCCCAGCAACUGUGUUCCAGGAGAUACUGACCCGACGCAGGAGGUCACUGUGGCUGAGGGCUCUCAUCCUUCCCUUUCCCUUACUGAGGAAUCGGGGACCAAUGUGGAGGCAUUCGAUGCUUCCAGGGCAAGCUGGAGCUCACUUGCGCACCGUUCUCCCAACGCAGAUUCCCAAGAGGGGUUGGAGAAUGGGGGACUGGGAACUUGGGAAAGCCAGGCAACACCAGCUGGUGGUGAUGGGACAGCAGUCACGGCUAGCAACAAGAUGGGGAGCUCGCAGUUGGAGAUCCUGAGAGCUGCCACUGGAUCCCUCAGCUGUGCUGUCCUGGAAUGUGAUGGAGAGGCAGAGACAGACUCAGGGUCUGCUGAUCAGGGUGUUGCUGAUGUGACAGGAGGUUGCUGUAGUCACAGCUCCAGCACAGAUAAGUCAUCUCCUCCUCCGCCUGCUCUCCCUACAAGUCCUGAAGCUAACGGUCCUGGGCAACCUGGUGAAAUGAGAUGUUUAAGCCUAGCAGAACCAUCGUCUCCUGGUGACAGUUCAAAUUGCAGCCAAGAUGUGAUUGAAAGUUGCAACCCAAUGGAAUUGCCCCCUUCCAGCCACAAUAACCCAGGCCAUAGCUACAAUGUGGGAGAGAGGCGCGUGAAUGUUGAUGGUGUUGAAUCAGAUCAUCCUCCUCCUCCUCCACCUCCUCUGAGUAUUUCUGAAGUCUGGAGUAUCCAGUCCUGUAGCUCAGGCAAGGGACAUUUUCCUGCACUGGAUCCUGCUCCUAGCCACUUUACUGAACUCCUGCUAAACGCCAAAGGUGGCUGCACUUCUAAGCCAGAGGAUGAGUGUCCCACUGGUCUGUCAGGCCCUCCUGAGGGGGAAGCCUCCUCAGCAGCACAGGUAUCUGGCCUUGGAUCUGACAUGCUGUCUUCAAAGGGGCAGCAGUGGGAGGCUGAGGCCUUCUGCCUGGGCUUCACCUUUGACCGGUCACCCAGAUUGGAGACAGAGCCAUCCAGGAGGGUGGUAGCCCAGAAUAUCGAUAUGAGGGAUGCAGACCAGAGUAGCAGCUCUCUUGUGUGGAGGGGAGACCUGCACGGAGAAGGAGACAUCACCAGCCCCACCAGCAUUCAGGAAGCUGGAGGUGAAUUGGGCACCAAACCACAUCUAGAAUUACUAGAAGAUCCAGUCACCAGCCAAAAUGACAUUGGAAUCAGGAGACUGAGGGCCGAUUUCCUGGGAUCCAGUAAAGAGGAGACUGGAACAGACAGAAAGAUAACAUCUCUAGCCACCAACCAAAUAAGUUCAGUUGGUUGUGUUGAGGGCAGCACAGAGGAGGGAGGAUCUGCUCUGUGUGUGGACCAUGAUGUGGAACCCAUGCUUGAUUUGUUACCGGCACCUACAGAAAGGGCAGUUUCCUCUCGGCAUGAUGCAGCUGAUGAGAGAGAUUUUCAGGAAUUUGGUGAGGAGACCAGUGUCUGUGGCUGCUCAGUUGUGUCCAAGCGGCUGAGGGAGAGGAGUCCUCCCCAAGGAGUGCCCUUGGUUAAUCGUCUUUCACUGCCGGCAAAGAAGAGGAUCAGAGCAUCAAGUGAUGAGGCAGAUGACACCGCUGACCCCGGCCUCUCUUGGACUCCCUCUCCCCCUCUGCCCUGCUUCUCCCGGACUCCCUCUCCCCCUCAGCCCGGCCUCUCCCGGACUUCCUCUCCCCCUCGGCUCGGCUUCUCCCGGACUCCCUCUCCCCCUCAGCCCGGCCUCUCCCGGUCUCCCCCUCGGCCAGGCCUCUCCUGGACUCCCUCUCCCCCUCGGCCCGGCUUCUCCCGGACUCCCACUCCCCCUCGGCCCGGCCUCUCCCGGUCUCCCCCUCGGCCCGGCCUCUCCCGGUCUCCCCCUCGGCCCAGCCUCUCCCGGACUCCCUCUCCCUCUCGGCCCGGCCUCUCCCAGUCACCCUCUCGGCCCGGCCUCUCCCAGUCUCCCUCUCGGCCCGGCCUCUCCCAGUCUCCCUCUCGGCCCGGCCUCUCCCAGUCUCCCUCUCGGCCCGGCCUCUCCCAGUCUCCCCCUCGGCCCGGCCUCUCCCAGUCUCCCUCUCGGCCCGGCCUCUCCCAGUCUCCCUCUCGGCCCGGCCUCUCCCAGUCUCCCUCUCGGCCCGGCCUCUCCCAGUCUCCCAGUGCCAAUGAUGAGAGAGCUGUGAUCAGCUCUGUGAUUGUGAUCAGCGACACAGAGGACGAGCCCUUGCUCUAUCCCAUCAAGGAGGAGAGUGAGAGUGAUGAAGAGGCUCCGGGUCACUCUGGUGGCCGUGGGGCAGGAGGUGUGACUGCGGCAGCAUCCGGCUUCCUGUUCUCCAGGUCUGCAGGAGGCAGCACAUACCCCCAGAGAGGAGCAGGCAUUGAGGAUCCUGGUGGAGCAUCGUGCUACAGAGGAGCCCCAAGACCCAGCCUGCCUGAGAGCUGUCCUGUGCCUGUUGCCCUGUCAUUAUCCUCUGUCCUUGUGCCAUCCUCUCCUGCUGUCCACACCAGGUCACUCACUGAGCCCUGUCUGGACCAUGAUUCACGUUGCCUGCAGGAAUCCAAACACUCUGGGAGCAUAGGAAUGGAAUGUCACGUCCUUUCACAUUGUGAGGAGCAUAGCGCUGGGUUUCCCAGACAGCAGAAUUCUAGAUCACCCCCCAUUGCGAUGCUGCACUCCUCAAGACAGAGAUCAAUUCCUCCUCCUUUAACUAAACCACAGAUUGACCCCUUGAAGCCCCAGGAUCAGGCAAAUCCUCCUGAUGCCCAGAACAUCAGUCUACCCGUUCAACUCCCCCUUCCAUACAGCCUUGACGAUGAUAUAUUCCCACCUCCUGAGCUAGACUACCUCCCAGACUCACCAGAGUGCUCUGACCAUGAGGAGUCCUGGGACAGUUCCACCAAAGUCCGGAAGCCAUCAGCCUACACUUUGGGCUCUGACUUUGUGCAUCAUGGCGACAGGCGAAUCUCAGACUUGGGCCCACAAGAAGGGACCUGCCUAACUCCUGAGUGCUCUUCAGAUGGAAAUUGUGUGGGUUCGGUAUUUCUGGAAGACCAGGAUGAACAAAUCAGAGCCAGUGAUCCAUCAGAAGCUGCUGCUUUCCGUCCCUCACCCAGAGGCCUCCUCGAGAGCUCCUGGGCAACAUCGGAUCAAGAUGUUAUUUCCCAACUGAGGGAGUGUGAGCUGUUGCUUCAGUCUGUCUCCCAGACCCUGAAGGUAGACGGGAUCGAGGAAGCGCAUGCCAAGGAAUGGAAGAAGCAGAUUGAGGAGAUGCAGGGACAGUCGGUCCCUCCUCAGACCUACAUUGCGGUGAUUGGAGACACAGGCUCAGGGAAGAGCAGUCUACUAAAUGCCCUGUUGGAUGAGGAGGCUGUCCUCCCCACGUCCGCCAUGAGAGCCUGCACAGCAGUGGCUGUUGAGGUCUCCCACAACGCCCAGAAUGACCAUUACUGCGCUGAGGUGGAGUUCUUCACUGAGGAGGAAUGGGAUAAGGAGCUCCAGCUGCUGCUGCGUGACAUGUCCGACAAAAACGGGCGGCUGAAGAAGCGGCGACCGGACCCUAACUCCGAGGCCAGUGUGGCCUACAGCCGGGUGAGAGCUGUCUACGGCAAAAUCCUCCCGUAUAGCGAGCUGAAGCAGAUCCAGGAUGUCACGUCACAUCUGGGGAGGACCGAGAUUAUCUCCGAGGCCAAGGCGAUGGACUUCCUCUGUAAAGUGCAGAAUUUCAUUGAUUCCCGUGCCGACGAUAGCCGGACCCGCCGAGGGGGAGAGUUUUGGCCGAUUGUGAAGCGGGUGAAGGUCUGGGUGCCCCGGUCUCCUGUGCUGCGGACUGGUGCUGUCCUGGUAGACCUUCCGGGUAUCAGAGAUUCCAACGCCGCAAGGAACAACAUCGCCAAGGAGUACCUGAAGAACUGCCACGCUGUGUGGAUCGUGGCCAAUGUAACACGAGCUGUCGAUGACAAGACAGCCAGAGACAUGCUGGACAAGAAUCUCCAAAGGCAGCUGUUCCUGGAUGGGCAGUAUGGGCGCCUCGCCUUCAUCUGUACCAAGACAGACUCUCACAAUGUGACUGAGAUCCUCAGUGCACUGCGUCUAACCAGUAACUGCACCUCUCUGGAAGAUGAAAUCGCGGAGUUGAAGAGCCAAAUUGAGCAGAAGCGAACUGAGCUACAGGCCUGGAGGUUGGACCUGGAGCAGGUGCGAGUGUGUAGUCAGGUUGAAGAGAGAAAUGCCAAAGCCAAGCUGCUGGGGUUGGCCAUCAAGCAGCAGGAAUCCGAGUUGAAUGAUCUCCAAUACAAGAUGAGCAUAAAGAGACGUGAACUCUCCCUAAACUCCAUUAAAGCUCGCAACAUCUUCUGUAGGAAAAAUAUUCGUCUCAACAUCAAAUGUAGACUGCAGGAGAUGAAACGUCAAGCCCGAAAGGAACAGCUGGAAUCUGAGGAGGAGUGCGAGGAGGGCAGUGAUGCUGAUGAUGAUGAAGAGGAUGAUUGUGAUGAUGACAUUCAGCCUGUGUUAGCAGGGGAGAUGGAGCCUGUCUCAGACAGAAAUGGAAACCUUCCUGUAUUCACUGUCAGCUCCACCGAGUACCUGAAACUCCAAGACAAACUGCUACGGGAUGGACCCGCUCAGGUGUUCAACAACAUCGAGGACACAGAAAUCCCCGCAGUUCAACGUUUUGUUCAUCAGAUCACCCUGUCGAGGAGGGUUGUAGCCACUGAGAUGGUCAUCCGCAGAGUUGCUACCUUUGUCAGUCAAGUGGUCACGUACCUGACUAAUCGCAGAGCCCAGGAUGCCUCUUAUCAGGCUCAGGUGCGAGGGACAGUGAGAGAAUGUCUGUUCCACGUGAAAGAAUUGUUCCAGAAUAUUGCCGAGGACUGUAACCGGCAAGUGGGAAGUUCGUUCUCCCUGAUCACAGCGCAACUGAAGCUGGGGAAGAGUUUGGCUGUGACGCGUUGUGAGCACAGUGUGCACAAGUGGGGAUUGCGGCCCCCCAGUGGGUACCCGUAUCCAACCUACAGAGCGGCCUGUGAGCGGAAUGGGAGCUUUACUUCACCCGCCUGCGGACCUGUUGACUUCAAUGAGGAGCUGACCCACCCAAUGCUCACCCUUCUGCUGGAAGUCUGGGACGAGGUGUUCAGCGAGUCCGUCCUCCGCAGCAAGUCGCUGUUGCAUCAUCUGCACAAGUUCAAGGCGGCCGUACAGGAGAACCUCCAAUGUUUCUUCAGUGACCUGAAGGAGCGACUGCGACAGAUUGAGGGGGACACCCAGCCUGUGGAUUACAUCCUGAGCCAGCACAUCCCUGCCGUGGAAGCCAAGUUGCAGAACUUUAUCUUGAUGCUAAUGAUGGACAUCACUACACGUCAGCGAGGUAUCACCAGGAUAUUGACACCAAGUGUUCAGGAAGAAAUGAUCCCUGCCUACCAAGCGUGUCAGUCCGAGACUGGAUCUGGAUCCUUCACCCGGAUGAAAUCCCACAUGGAGCAGUAUGUCCAGAAGCACAGAGACCACAUCUUCAGUUUUGCCUCCCAAAAACUCACCAGUGAGCUCCGCCUGCUACAGGAUGCCAUCUACUCUGGGCUGAAGCACAUUCUGGAAGAGAUCCACACGGAGCUAUGUGUGCAGUUUGAGCCCAUGCUGAAACCGGUGAGGAUAAUCGAUGAAAUAAUCCCCAGGCUGGUGAGUGUCUGUGCCCGGGUGAGUGUGUUGUGUCAGAGGUCCCACAUUGAUUUCACCAUGCCCAAGAUUGAAGACGGUGAGGAGGAGACAGGUCCCACCAUGUGCCCGACGCAGCUUAUCAAAGAGGAGAGCCCGUCGCUCCAGGAGCUGCCAGUGUUCCUCGGAAAAGCGAAGCUGAUGAAGAUCGGUCAAUUCAUCGCAUCCCCAACCGACUCAGUCAAGAUCUCUUUGAAUGCAGUCUUUCUCAGCUUUGAAGUGUCUGGGUUCUCGAAGCAGAUAGCGAUGCGAUUCCAGUCAUUAGUGGCCUGUGAUUACUGCCCUGCCAUGCACUUCUUCAUCCUGUAUCCUGGGCAACCGAGGUCAGGGGUCAGUGAAGAACGCAGCAGAUGGGAUGUGCUUGUGAUUCUCGAUGAGCAACAAACAGCCCCCGGGUUUGGGGAGUGGAUGGAUGCUGUUUGCAGUCAGACCGGAGGAUCCACUGAGUUCAGGAAGCUGGAGCUGCAUCAUGGUGUGGAGCGGCUGCACUCUGUCGGAGUGACCUUCCAGGGGACGGAGAUGGAGGCACCGGAGCAGAAUGUGAGGACACAAACUGGACCCAGACCUGCCUUCCACUUGGCCAGUUCCUUUGUCAACGUGAGCCAGCAGAGCAGGAAGAGACAGUGGAAUGAUGAUGUGACCGCGAUCAACAGGUUUACUGUCUCUCCCAGCCUGCUGUGUCCAUCUCACUGGUCAAUGGCUUCACAUGAAGCCCAGACUGAAACACAGCCCCCAGUAUUGAAGAGGGAGAAGGCGCAGGAGCAGGGUUCUGGCUUCUCCGAGGAUUGGAUUGACAGGUCCCAACCACCUGUGUUAAAGCAGGAACGCCUGGAGAAGACCAAAAGUGUGGAGUUUGAGAAUCAUUGACUGGCUGACUGGGGAGCUGGGAUUGAUGUUCAGAACAGAUGACCAGACUGCUCUCUGGUCUGACCUCUCUGUCUGCUAGUUGUCAGCUUGCUGCAUAUAAACCUUCUCAGACCUGUUCCUAUUGCACAGCGUUCACAUCCCCCAAGCUGUCAAGUUGUACCGUGCUGCUGCUGCUGUUGGCUUGAGUGAUCUUCACUCUGUGUAAUUCUGCUGUUAUAGGCUCUCCAACAUAUUGUUGCCUGAUCUCAGUGCCGUUCUGAGAAACUCCACAACAAACUUUUUGAUGCAAAUCUUUGCAGGUCUGGGAUGGUUUGACCUGAGGUUGUGUGUUCAUCUGAGCUCCAGUUUAUAUGAUCGGCAGAGGCUGAAUGAGACUGAUUAACCCGUGGGUGGAAACCCAGCUUCCAAUCAUUUAAAACUGCGAGAGAAAAAAACUCCACUCCCAGUUUGGAGUUCUCUGAUUUUUUUUUGUAUUGAUUGGUUGUUUUGAAUUUGCACUUGUUAAGAUGAACAGGAGGUCCUUGGAGUGAGUGAGUGUCACUUCCCUGGAGGGAGGUGGUUACAGAUGUCUGCACUAUUUUGUAACUUGUCUGCCUUAAGGUGAUUGUAAUAAUCCCACAGCCACUAUGUUUAAGAGCAGGAUAUUUUUAAAAAGAAACCCCAUUGAUCAUUAUCAUGUUGCUGUGUGUGGGAUUUUGCUGUGCACAAAUUGGCAGGCUUGCUUCCUAAAUUACAACAGAGGGAUGAUUUACCACUGUUCAAGCGAGGUUUAUGAAUUAUUUCACUAAUUGAUGCUGCUGGUUCUGUUUUAGACUUUGUCUGUAACUGAGAUGACAAUGGUUGGAAUUUAUUGAACCAAAGAUUAUUUGCUGCUUUGUGCCUUUCAUUUGUAGGGGGAUCAAGUUUAAGAGCUGUGAGGCUAUGCUGCAGCUCUGUAGAGCCCUGGUUAGAUCACACUUGGAAUAUUAUGUUCAGUUCUGGUCGCCUCAUUGUAGGAAGCUUUAAAGAGGACGUAGAGAUUUACCAGGAUGCUGCCUGGACUGGAGGACAAAUCUUAGAAGAAAGGUUGACGGAGCUAGGGCUUUUCUCAUUGGUGUGAAGUAGGAUGAAAGGCAACUUGAUAAAGGUGUACAAGAUGUUGAGAGUCAUAGAUGGAGUGGAUAACCUUUCCCCAGUGUGGAAAUGGCUAUCACAAGGGGGCAUAAUUUUAAGGUGAUUGGAGGAAGGUAUAGGUCAGAGGUAGGUUCUUUACACAGUGUGGUGGGUGUGUGGAAUGCACUGCCAGUGAUGGUAGUAGAGUCGGAGACACUAGGGACAUUUAAAUGACUCUUGAAUAGAUACGUGGAAGCUAGAUACAAUGAAGGGUGUGCAGGUUAGUCUGAUCUUAGCGUAGGAUAAAUUCCCGCCUCAGACGACUCUCUAUGUGGAGUUUGCACAUUCUCCCCGUUUCUGCAUGGGUUUCCUCCCACAGUCCAAAGAUGUGCAGGUUAGGUGAAUUGGCCAUGCUAAGUUGCCCGUAGUGUUAGGUGAAGGGGUAAACGUAGGGGAAUGGGUCUGGGUGGGUUGCGCUUCGGUGGGUUGGUGUGGACUUGUUGGGCCGAAGUUUCCACACUAAGUAAUCUAAUCUAAAAGGCCGGUACAACUUCGAAAGGCCUGUACUGUUCUAUUUUCUAGGUAUUCCAUCACACUCCUGACUUGUGCCUUGUACAUUAUGGACAGGCUUUCGGGAGUUGGGAUGCAAGGAAACAGGAUUCCUAGUCUCUGAUCUAUACUUGUAGCCACUAUAUUUAGGCACCUCCACCACUGACACUCAGGAGCAACUGUAUGUAAUAUCUCAAAAUUGUACUGCAGAAAUUCACCAAAGGUCCUCAGACGGCAUCUUCCAAACGUACGACCACUUCCAUCUAUAAACACGAGGGCAGUAGAUACAUGGGAACACCACCCUCUGCAUGUUCACCUCCAUAUAU